AUGGCCGAUCAUCAAAAACAGGUGCAAAAACAAGGCCAAGCUUCAACCGCCGCACCGACCAUCGAAUCGGCCACGCUACCAGCCGCCCCGGAGCCGGCGGCCGAGACAUACCAGGUUCCGCAGGAACCAGCGCCUUCGGACGCGCACUUCUCAGCGGGCAGUUUCUUCCCAAUCAUCACCUCCCAAGCGUCCCAACACCCGAGCAUCCUCGAUUAUCGCCGCGAAAAUGGCCGCAGCUAUCACCGUCUCAGCGAUGGCAAGUACGCCCUGCCCAACGACGAACUGGAGCAGGAACGCCUCGACAUUGUCAACCAUCUUUGGAUGUUGACCUUUGACGGCAGGCUCUGCCUCUGUCCCAAAGUGGACGGUGUCAAAAGGGUCCUUGACAUCGGCACGGGCACAGGCAUCUGGGCCAUGGACUAUGCAGACGAACAUCCUGGAGCGGAGGUCAUCGGCGUAGACCUGAGUCCUAUUCAACCCGCCUAUGUGCCGGUUAACUGCAUCUUUGAGGUCGAUGACCUUGAGAAGGAGUGGAUGUGGACGGAGCCCUUUGACUUCAUAUUCGCGAGGAACAUGGUAGGCAGCUUCUCCGACUGGGAGGGUGUCAUCGCCCAGGCGUUUGACAACCUGGAGCCCGGUGGCUACUUUGAGCUCCACGAUACCAUCUAUCCCUUGCUAUGCGACGAUGGGACCCUGACGAAGGAAUCGCCGCUGAUGAGGUGGACCCUCCUUAUCGCCGAAGCUUGUGAAAGGAGGGGGCGUUCUAUAACCAUCGGCAGCCAGUUCCCCCGCUUUCUAGAGGAGGCUGGCUUCGAGGACAUCAAGGUCACCAAUAUUAAAUUCCCCGUGUCGCCCUGGCCCAAGGACCCCAAGCUGAGGCUGAUGGGUGAGUGGACGCAGGCCUCGCUGCUUCCCGGUAUAGAGGGUUUAUCGCUCGCGCUCUUCACGCGCGUGCUUGGCUGGAGCGUGUCGGAGACCAUUGUCUUCUGUGCGCAGGUCAGGGACCAGGUGAAGAACACAAAAUACCACGGGUACUGGAAGGGGUUCGCCGUCCACGGACGAAAGCCGCUGGUCGAGAACAGGCACGACAGGAACUUGAGCUCAAACGGCAUGUUUUCAACGCCGGAUGGCGAAUACCUUGUGCUAUAA